AUGGACUACCAAAAAGAGACCCUUGAUAGGCUGCAUGUUGGACGGUUGAGGCUAAGAAAAUGUAUGUUCGGCUGCCGUUGGAAGGAUGGAGCCAGCAAGUUGGAGGAGGCUGCCGUCCCGCAACUUGAUGAUUUUCGGGGUGCACGGAUUGCAGGUGCAUGGAUUGCACUUGCACCCACCAUUCUCAGCACCAGAGUUCAUCUCAGACCUCUCAUAGAACCUGCAGCAGUAGCAGCCUUCCUUGCCGCACUUGCAGUCAGAUCCACAGCUACAGCCAGACAUUUUCUAAGUAGAAGUAGUAUAAACGGUGAGGAAAGUUUUCACUUAGAAACUGACUUUGCUCAGGCUAACUCAACUCAGGACGAUGGAUUAACAGUUCCUGUUCUGCUAUUUAUGGAGGAGUUAGAAUGA